CGGGGAUGGGGGGCUGGAAGGCGGGCGGUGGAGAAGGCGAAGGCGCUCCCUUCCCGCGCCGUUACUCGGCCGGCCUGAGAGAAAAUUUCUGAGGCGGAGGCGGAGGCCUUCGUCCAGGGUCGGAGGGCCAUGGCGGGACUUUGCCCUCCCGGCGGCCUGGAGCAUCUGGAGCUGGGGCGGCUGCGGGACCCGCCGGGCAGCAGCAGCGGCGUCGUUGUCGGCGCGUCGUCUUCUCCUUCUCCUCCUCCUCCUUCUUCUUGCUCGCCGUCGCCGCCGCUCUCGUCUUGCUCGAGGCAGGCCUGGAGCCGGGACAACCCGGGCUUCGAGCCCGAGGAGGAGGCCAGGGCGGCUGGCGGGAGCGCGGCGGCGGGGCCCGUGUUGCAGAUGGGCGUGGUGGAGUGGGGCCGAGGAGGGGCGCCUUCGCCCUCGGAGCCCGACGCCCGACGCCCAGGAGGGCCCGCCGAGAGCGGGAGGCAGCGGAGGCGCAGGCGGCGCGGCGAAGAAGAGGAGGGCGGAGGGGAAGGCGAAGGCCAGCGGCCUUGUUCCUCCGGAGGCGCCCCAACGCCCACGCCGCGUUUCCCUCACGAGGAGGCGGGCGAGGAGGUCGCCGAGCAGCCGCCGCCGCCUCGCCGCCUCGCCUGGGCCAAAGGGAUGGCGCACCGCCUGCGAGGUCUGUGGGGUACUACCCUAAUGGAAGAAACCACAACCAGAGAGAGAUAUCUGAAAAGUGUUUUACGAGAACUGAUCACGUACUUGAUUUUUCUCCUGGUCUUGUCUUUCCUGUCGUAUGGGAUGGUGAGUUUGAAUAUGUACUACUACACAAGGGUGAUGUCACAGCUCUUUCUAGACACACCCGUGUCAAAAUUGGAGAAGACCAAUUUUAAAACUUUAUCUACAAUGGAAGACUUCUGGAAGUUCACUGAGGGUCCUUUGCUAGAUGGCCUGUACUGGGAGAUGUGGUACAACAACAGAACCGUGGCAGAGAACAGGAGUUUUAUCUACCAUGAGAACCUGCUUUUGGGAGUGCCUCGCAUUCGACAGCUGAAAGUGAGGAAUGGCACGUGUUCAAUACCUGAAGAUUUAAAAGAUGAAAUUAAAGACUGUUUUGAUGUUUACUCUGUGAGUAAUGAGGACACUGCACCGUUCGGGCCUCGCAAUGGAACCGCUUGGAUUUAUACCAAUGAAAAAGAUCUGAAUGGAAGCAGCCAUUGGGGGUUGCUUGCAACUUACAGUGGAGCUGGCUAUUAUCAGGAUCUGUCCAGAAGCAGAGAGGAGUCAUCUGCAUUAAUUCUUGGCCUUAAGAACAGCUUGUGGCUUGAUAGAGGCACACGGGCAACAUUUAUAGAUUUUUCGGUGUACAAUGCAAACAUCAAUCUCUUCUGCAUUAUCAGGUUAUUGGUGGAGUUCCCACCAACAGGAGGUCUCCUUACAUCUUGGCAAUUCCAGCCUGUAAAGUUGAUCCACUACAUUUCCACUUUUGACUUCUUCCUGGCUGCCUGCGAAAUUGUCUUUUGUCUUUUUAUUCUUUAUUACAUGGUGGAGGAAAUCCUGGAAAUUCACAUGCACAGACUCUUUUAUUUCAGGAGUCUUUGGAAUUGUCUUGAUGUUCUCAUUAUCGUGCUAUCGGUGGCAGCUAUAGGAAUUAAUAUAUAUCGAACAUCUGCUGUGGAUAGGUUACUGAAGGAGCUGCUGGAAAAUCAAAAUAACUUCCCAAAUUUUGAACCUUUAGCAUACUGGCAAACACAGUUCAACAAUAUUGCAGCUGUCACCAUGUUUUUCGUCUGGAUUAAGCUCUUUAAAUUUAUCAGCUUCAACCGAACAAUGAGCCAGUUAUCUACCACGAUGUCGCGAUGUGCCAAAGAUGUUCUUGGGUUUACCAUUAUGUUUUUCAUCAUUUUCAUAGCCUAUGCUCAGCUAGCUUACCUUGUGUUUGGUGCACAAGUUGAUGAUUUCAGUACCUUCCAGGACAGUGUUUUUACUCAGUUCCGCAUCCUCUUGGGAGAUUUUGACUUUACAGAGAUUGAAGAAGCUAACAGAGUUUUGGGACCAGUUUAUUUCACUACAUUUGUGUUCUUUAUGUUCUUCAUUCUUUUGAACAUGUUUUUGGCCAUCAUCAAUGAUACCUACUCUGAAGUCAAAUCGGAUAUGGCACAGCAGAAAUCUGAAAUGGAACUGUCAGAUCUUAUAAGAAAGGGUUACACUAAAGCCAUGGUGAAAUUAAAACUUAAAAAAACACCAGUUGAUGACAUUUCAGAGAGUCUGCGACAAAGCGGAGGCAAAUUGAACUUUGAUGAAUUGCGGCAAGACCUGAAGGGAAGGGGACACACUGAUGCUGAGAUUGAAGCCAUCUUUACAAAGUAUGACCAAGAUGGAGAUCAGGAAUUGACUGAGCUGGAGCAUCAGCAAAUGAGAGAUGAUUUGGAAAAAGAGAGGGAGGACUUGGAGUUAGACAGAAGCUCUCUGAAUCGUCCGCUGAGUGGCCGUAGCUUCCCACGAAGCCUGGAUGACUCUGAAGAGGACGACGAUGACGACAGCGGACACAGCUCCCGGAGGAGAGGCAGCAGCUCGAGUGGGGUUUCGUAUGAAGAAUUUCAAGUGUUGGUGCGGCGAGUGGAUCGCAUGGAGCAUUCCAUUGGCAGCAUUGUUUCUAAGAUUGACGCUGUCAUCGUGAAGCUGGAAGCCAUGGAGAGAGCAAAACUGAAAAGGAAAGAGGUGCUGGGGAGACUGCUUGAUGGGGUCACAGAGGACGACAGGCUGGGCCGUGAUAAUGAAGUCCACAGGGAUCAGAUGGAGAGACUUGUACGAGAAGAGCUGGAGCGAUGGGAAUCGGAUGAUACAGCAUCCCAAGUGAGCCACAGACUGGGAACUCCAAUGGGGCUCAACGGCCAGUCCCGGGCUAGGAGUUCCCGCCCUUCUUCCUCACAGUCCACUGAAGGCAUUGAUGCCGGAGGAGGUGGGAACAAUGUCCACGUCUAGUAGACUUUUCCCUUUGCCUACAAAAUUAUGAGUAUUGCCCACAGUUAGUGAUUUGGCUAAGUCACAGGAUGCUCUAAGAUAUGCAGAGGCAGAUUCAGUAAGCAGAGAAACAGCUGAGCUGUUGAUGCUUUUUAAAAUAUAAAAUCGGGAGACUUAAGAAGUGAUUUAAAAAGAAAAGUUAAUUUGGGGUUGUCUCUAAUGUAGCACUAAAUUAAAAUAACUUUGUGAUAUACUUUUGUUGGCAAAACGCUGUUUCACAGAGUAAUGUAAAAGUAGGUUGCAGGUAACUUUGUCGCAAGAUAGAUUGUACAGUAGGUUGCGCACCAAGUUUCCACCAGCACAGCUGUUGUAUUGGAUUUCUCUGUUGUGAAAUAGCAAAAUUUUCACAUCUGCUAGUGCAAGAACCCUUGCACUACCAGACACGAGAACUGAUCCAGCCUUGGACUCAGUUCCAGCUACUUAAGAUCUACAGGAUCACAAAUUUCUCUGCUUUCUAUAGAAAAUGAGCAAGCUCAUAUAGUGAAUUGUCAGCUCAAUAACUAAGGCUGCAAUCCUAUACAGUGAUACCUCAGGUUAAGAACUUAAUUCGUUCUGGAGGUCCGUUCUUAACCUGAAACUGUUCAUAACCUGAAGUACCACUUUAGCUAACGGGGCCUCCCGAUGCCGCCGCGCCGCUGCUGCACGAUUUCUGUUCUCAUCCUGAAGCAAAGUUCUUAACCCGAGGUACUAUUUCUGGGUUAGCAGAGUCUGUAACCUGAAGCGUCUGUAACCUGAGGUGCUGCUGUACACACUUACCUGAAAGUCAGCACAAUUGAACACAUUAGUAAAUAUGCAUAGGAUUUCACUGUUAGUAGUUAUUUUACAUGUUUUCAUACAAAUGCAUUGAGGCUUCCCCCCUGGACUCUGUUUCCUUCAAAAAUGUAAUUAGCCCUCAAGGGGGCUAAUUUUUGACACCAAUUUUUAUUGCAAAUCUUACCCGUAUGUUCUUAAAAGAUAGCAGGGUUCUGGAAAUCCUGUACUUCUAAUAGUAUUUUAAGGAAACUGUCCAAAUCAAAGGAUAAAUAGCUGUUGCCUGCUUUCAAGAGAAAUAGGUAUUACAGUAGUUUAUCCUACUUGCCAAAAAAGUAACCUCUGCAUUUCAUUCAUCAGAGAGAAAUGAAAUCACACACUGUCCAGAAUAAUGUGGCUGGGAUGGUAUGCUCUUUUUUUUCUUUUUCUACAUGGAAUGGCACAGGAAUUUCCUGUUGUUCAAGCAAGCAGUAGUUCUCAAAUGGCAAGUGAAGGCAAAGUCCCCUCUGGUUCUUAAAAUGCUGCUAUUUUCACAGUGUGCCUCUAAACGUGGGUGAUUUAAUAGCAGCGCUUUUCUUCCAGAAAAAAGGUGUCAGUACUGCGUACCUUUGAGUACCCCCAGGAAAAAGUACUGUUUAAUAACACCCUGUUUAAUAGCUCUGCUUCAAGCUAUAAGCUGUUUCCAGACCUCUGAAAUUCAAAGGACAUUCCUUUAGCCUGGUAGGCAGUGUCCCCAGCCCCAAAUGUUGACAGGGUGAAGCAAUUUCAAUUAGAGCUGCAGCAUGAGGGUAAAGGGGUUAGCUACACCCUCCCCAUCCCUGGGUUGCACCCCAGAUCAUAACUGUUCCCCCCAUCUUGUUUCUACAGUUUUGGGAUGGGGUAAGAAACUGAUGUAAAGGCAAUGAAAUUAGGGAAGGGAAGGGCUAAAAUGAUAAAGUGUUGAUUCCUAGAGAGGAGGGAUAACCAUAGAGAAGGAAAUGGCUGGAUAAAUCCAUGCAGGUCAUAACUGGCAAAAAUGGGGGGAAUUAACAGCUAGAUGGCAGGUCACCUACACCUGAGGAAAUUGCCCCAAAGCUGAAGGAGGAAUACUUGCGGGGGGAGGAUGUUGCGCUCAGAACAUCAUGCAGAAAGUAUGUCUAUCCCACAGUAAAUUCCACUGUGGAAGCAGCCUCUGUGAGGUGCCAGACUGUCAGCUCAUGCCUUUCAAUUGAACAGCAAUGUGCCUUGCAUUAAUUGAAAAUUAAAGGGACCACAAGAGGGACUCCGAGUUCUAUUUUCACUGAAUUUUUUGGUAGGAAAUUUACAACAUUCUAUUCUUAGGCACUGAUUGUGAUUGGGUUGUUGCUUAAAUUAGACACGAAAUAAAAUAAAAAAAUGCAUGAAAGGUCAUUUAGUGAUGUAGCAAGAGCACAAAAGGGAGCAAGUCACGAGUCUUUUAGAUUUCUGAAAGAUUUUAUUUGGUGCCUUUCCAAAACAACAACCUGUGUGAGAGUAUGACUCAUAGGGACACAUUCAGUUGGCUUUGUUGCUGGGGGCUAGAUGUCUUGAAGAGGGUGCUUCAGUUCACAGGGAUUUCUCACAGUAGUGCUAAUGGCAUCCCCAAUCUUUCGUGCCAUGCUGUCGCAGAUGCCAAGCCACAGAGUGGGAAGCUGCCAUUGCAACACGCCUUGGCGUGCUUGUUUCAAAAGUUGUGUCUUCCUGUUUGCAUUUACGGCCAUCACAAUCAUUAUAUCUUACAUUUGCAGUGUUGCUAUAAAAACCAAAAUGUUUGCUUUCAUAAUCAUAUUUGUUUAUAUAUAUAUAUAUAUAUAUGUUUAUAUAUAUUGUUGUAACAUGUUGUUACUUAAUAACAAACUUCAUUUUGAAGUGCAAUAAGAUUUCAUGGGUUAUCCAUGCAUACUGACAACGUACAUACAUUUAGUGUAUGACAGCAAAGCUACCUGUUUUUGUAUCCCUUUUGUUUCACACAAUGGAAGUGUGAGUUACCCCCUGUUUUUAGGUUAAUGUCUUAAUAGCAAAGGUGUGUUGGAAAGUUAUUAGUUGUCCAAGUCUUCCAUAGUGAUCAAAGAUGUAUUGGUUUAAUAGUGACCACCACCCCACCUAAUAAAUACUUUAUAUGGUUUGCAGUA